AUGGCUGAUCACGGCAAUGAGAAAGCUCCGGUGAUAGAAGAAGCAGGGGCACAGCUCAAGGCGAAGGAGGCUUUGCCAAAGCUACCGGAGUAUGCCGCCGACGAAGUUAUACAGAAAGUUGAACAUGACCUCAUCAUUACCGGUGACGAUCUUGCGAAUGUUCAAGAAGCCGCAAAAGAGCUGAGUCUGGAGGAAACCCGGAAUAUUCUGCGCGAUGUUAUCCAGAAUCAUGAGAACGAUCAAAAUUUCCCGAUCCAGGUUCUACAGUCUAUGAAGGAAUUUGUUGCGAACGACGACGUCUUCGAUCACCCGGAGAAUUAUAGGACACUCAUUGCUGAGAUGGCAAGUCUCCCGGGUGCAAAGCGGAUACUGAAGGUCGUUGAUAACACGGACGACCCUACGCUGCCUUGCUCUACCAUACGCGCUUGGACGAUUGGCAUCAUCUACGUAUCAGCAGGUGUCCUCAUCAAUCAACUUUUCUAUAUUCGCCAACCCUCCAUAACCCUUGAAGCGAACGUCGCUCAACUACUCGCCUAUCCAGCAGGCAAGGCAUGGGAGGCCUGUGUGCCAUCCUGGGAAUUCAAGCUCUUUGGAAAGACGCACAACCUGAAUCCUGGGAAGUUUAAUAAAAAGGAGCACAUGUUGAUUACGAUCAUGGCCAAUGUCGGCUUCACCACGCCAUACACGACCGAUAUCAUCCUAUCCCAAUUCCUACCGCAAUAUUUCAACCAGAAAUACGCCUCACACUUCUCUUACCAGAUAUUAAUCACUCUGGGCACCAAUUUUAUCGGGUACGGAAUCGCGGGUUUGACGCGUCACUUUCUAGUGUACCCUGUGCACUGCGUAUGGCCUGCGAGUCUAGUCACGAUCGCGUUGAACCAAUCGUUCCAUACAGAAACGGAUCUCGCCGUCCCAGGCCCUUUCAAGAGAAUCUACAAUACCACAAGGCUCCGAUUGUUUACGGUAGCUUUCUUCGGCAUGUUCGUUUAUUUCUGGUUCCCAGGUUAUAUCUUCCAGGCUCUAAGCCUUUUCAGUUGGCUAUCUUGGAUCGCGCCAGACAACCUCAACUUGGCUACUAUCACCGGAAUGAACAACGGACUAGGUGUCAACCCUCUUUCUACAUUUGAUUGGAAUGUGCUCAUCUUUGACGCGGGUCGAUCGCCUCUUGUACUGCCCUUUUUCUUCUGGUGGAACGCAUUCAUUGGGAUUGUAACUGGGGCUUUCCUCAUCCUGGGCCUCUGGUACACGAACACGUACAACACUGGCUACUUGCCUAUUAACACACCGCGCGUGUUCGAUCACUUCACGGACUACUACAACGUCAGUCGCGCGAUCGAUAACCGAGGCAUCUUUGAUGCGGCGAAGUACGAGGCAUACUCACCUCCUUUCUUGAGUGCUGGGUAUCUGAGUGUGUACCUGUACUUCUUCGCCAUCUACACAUGUGUGCUUACCUGGACAAUUCUCUACCACCGUCACGAGAUCUGGAGUGGUUUGAAGAACCUCUUUCGAAGCGGACAAGGCAACGUCUUACACCCGGACGUGCACAAUCGCCUCAUGACCAAAUACCCAGAGUGUCCAGAAUGGUGGUACCUGCUUGUCCUUCUAGCCUCCAUCGGCGUCUCCCUCAGUGCUAUCUUAGGCUGGCCGACCUACACCUCCGCCGGCGUCGUCUUCUACGGCAUUGCCCUCUGCCUCGUAUUCGUCGUCCCCGUCGGCAUCGUCAACGCCAUCACCGGCUUCGAGAUUACGCUCAACGUUCUCGCCGAGUUCAUUGGUGGCGCCUGGAAUCAAGGCAAUGCCCUCGGCAUGAACUACUUCAAAGCCUUUGGCUACGUCACAUGCUCGCAUACCCUGCGCUUCAGCAAAGAUCUCAAGCUCGCACAUUACUCCAAGAUACCGCCGCGACACACGUUCGCGGGCCAGAUGAUUGCGACCUUCGUGGCAAGCUUUGUGGCCGUGAGCAUUUUGAAUUUUCAGAUGACACAGAUUCCGGGUGUUUGUACGGCUACGCAGAAGGAUCAUUAUACAUGCCCUGCUAUCAAUCAGUUUUUCACAGCGGCAGUGCUAUGGGGGACCGUGGGACCGAAGAAAGUGUUUGGGAGCGGAGGUAUGUAUACGGCACUGUUGGUGGGGUUCCCAAUUGGUGUUGUUGUACCGCUCGCUGUGUACUUUGCACGGAAAUAUUUCCCCACCCAGAGGUGGCUGCGUGAUGUCCACCCACCUGCUGUCUUCUACGGCGGCAUCUACUACGCCCCUUACAACAUGUCCUAUCUCUGGCCCGGCGUCGUCGUAUCUUACUUCUCGCACAUCUGGCUGAAAACACGACACACGGCCUUUUGGGCCAAGUACAACUACGUCCUCUCGGCCGCCUUCUCUUCCGGCGUUGCUAUCGCAGCAAUCGUCAUAUUCUUUGCUUUGCAGAUGCAGCACGUGAGUAUCGAUUGGUGGGGUAAUAAUGUUAUUGCGCAGGGUUGCGAGGAUACGCCUUCUACUCCGCACUUCUCCCACACUGCGAUCCUCACCUAUCGUCGCGACAUCGCGUUGGAGUUUCGACUUAUAGCAUCGUACAUACGACCUACCGAGGUCUCGUUCAAACGUUACCUGGAAAUGACGAACCUCAUACCCAACCACACAGAGUAUGAAGCCGAACAAGAGAGCAACGACACGCAGCCCACAAACUCGGACAUGGUGAAUAGCGACAACGAAAACCACUACGACUCGGACAAACUAUACGAUCCGCGAGACUACUAUGACAUUUCGAGUGGUCUUAGCGAGGCUGAGUGGUGUGCGUCGCAAUACUUCCCUGGACAGGUCAAGUCCUGUGCCAUAGGGCCGCACAUGCAACAUCUGAAGGAAAUUGCAUGGGCAAUGGAGCGAGAUCACAAGCCAGGAACGAGGAGAGAACAAGAGCUACCAUACUCAGCUACCCAGGAGGGUGUGUUCGAGUGGAAGAGUCGCGUCGUGGACACAAUGACAGAGCGCAUUCGCAAAUUCCACCAGUUUCCAUUCCCAGGCCCGAAUCCGCAAGCCCCACCAAGCGUCUUUGAAUCUGAAGGUCCGAUACGCAAAAUGCCUCUUGAGCUACUCAUAACAACGAUCGAAUACCUCUCGCCAGCAGAUCAGCUUGCCGCUUCCCUCGUAAACAAGACAUGGUACGGCGUGGUGGAUCAGACCCUUUGGGAUGUAUUCAGACAUUUGCCUACUCUUGCACCUGUGGACUAUGGUGAAAUCAUCGAUUGGAGUAUCGCCGACCAAAUGCCAUACCUUCACCCUACGGAACAUGAGCUCGGCCAUGCAGGUUAUGAGAUGCAAGCAGCGGAGCUCUUCGAUGGAAAGACAGAGACCUCUGAGGGCUUUCGCAAUUACAUUCCUGCCCGCCUCACUCAAGCAAAGCAUCGUUCCCUGCAGGCCCACAAAGAUUUCUUCUUGAGCUCCCACCCUUUUGUAGCCAGGAAUAACGUCAUGAAUGGGCCAUUCCUUUGGCUUGAUUUCAGCCAGGUCGAGAUCAAUCCGUAUUUUGCAGCGCUCUUUGGAGAUCGAUUCCAGCGGCACAAUGCAACGAUCAGCAUUCGUCUCCAACCCGAAGUGCCGUAUUGCCAAUCAUUGUUUGCUGCCAAAGAUGUCGUCGCCGCUCCAAUUCUCGACAAGCUGUGUAUGACACACAUCACCCAACCGCCUAGCAAAUGCAUAGGUAUCUAUGUCUGUCUUCCCAACCUAAACACUCUAUCGUGUGUUCAGCGCAUCAUCUGCGAAUCUGGCGUCCAGUUAGGCACUGUUCUCGGUGUAUUACUCACGCUUACACCUCAACUACUCAGAUUUUGGAGAGAGGAGUUGAAGCAAGCGAAAAUCGACGUGGAAUCCCAGCCCUGGGAUCAUUUCAUGGCACAUAAGAAGCUAAGCUGCUGGGAAUGCCUAGUCAAGCAGGUCAAGGGCAUCUCACAAACUCGCGACAAGUGUCCGCACUGUCGGGCUAUGCUCUGUAUAGCAGAUCCGCUGACCCCACGGCAGCAAUGGGAGGCGGAUGCGGAGGACGAGCUGGCGGACCUUGCGAUGGAACAGCCAAAUUCAGGCUUGAAAUUCAACCUGUGGAUGUGGACCACCAUGAAAGUCUACGAUAAAGCCGAAGAGAUGUGCCGUCUUGGUCCUCAUCCGCACGGCCAAAGCUACUUCGACGCAAUCGACUGGAUCGUGGAUGGGAAUGGUGGUUUUCAUGAUCAACACGGCGACGACGCAAUCGUAUGCAAUGGCCAUCGGACUACAGGCAAAGAUUGGCUUAAACGCUUUGUAUCAGACCAUCUACGGAAGGCUCUACUCAAGCAUGGAGCGUUCACGGAAGACCUCGAAAACUUCCUACUAUAUGCCCGGCAAAGUCGCGAGAUGUUAGCUUACGACUUACCGGCGAACGACUAUGACGCCAUCAGCAACGACAGCCUGCCAGGCACACCAUUUCAAUUGCCAGAUGUGCCCAAUCACGAUCCUGGCCAGCCGGAGCCCGCAGGCCCGGUCUCUCCUUCCCACACACAGGCACCCUCCUCCCAAGGCAGUGAUCGCCAAUAUCCAGUUAACGACAGCUACCGACCCUCUCCACACGAUAGGCGACGCUCCCGGUCACCACAAGCCAACGAAGUCCGCCGAUCCGAUCGAUUCCACGCCUACGACAACCGUUCUCACCACGAAAACACAAGGGAGAUCACCACUUAUGGAGGUACUCAUUACCACAACUGCAGCAUCAAUGUAGAUAACAUUUCGCACGAUGGCGGUUUCUUCACGACAGGCCGCGCCCGAAACUUCUACCGAAAUCCCUCUCGGGGUCGUGGUAGGCCGGCAUCUCGAGACGAGGGUCGGGAUACUUCGCACCGCGAUGCCACUGCUAGGUCGCCUCCUUGGGAUAUCUACGGCGAUAGGGAUAGGGAAGGUGCUGGACAGUGGGGCGGUAGCUAG